CCAGAGAAUGUUGGUGUGUUUCAGCGUGCGUGUGACAGAGAAAGGGAGUGUGUACUAGGUAGACAGGUGACUCACUGAUACUGACACUCCUUUAUCCAUGUAGUUUGGCCGUAUUUAGAGGUAGAUGAGGAAGGAUAGAUGUUGCCAUAACAGACUGAAAGAGGUGAGAAGGGUUGUAUAGAAGAGACAAGUCGGUUCAAAGCGAUUGGGUUCAUCUGAGAAAAGGAAGGAGAAGAAGUACAGGGAUACAGACAGAAAACCCAGCAACCCAUUCCAACAAACUCCCAUCUGGCUAUGACUGACGUCCUCCCCGGCAGCCACGCCGGAACUACAGAGCCAGAGCUCCGCCUGGUCCUCCUAGGGACCAUCGGCUGUGGCAAGACCCUGUCAGGAGACACCCUCCUGGGCCAAGCCUCCUCCGGCUCUCCCUUCGCCUCUGGUUCUUCCCCCAGGCUUUGCCAGCUGAGGCGUGGGGCCUCUGAGGGCCGGAGGUUGACUGUGGUGGAGGCCCCUCGCUGGUACUGGAGCGGGGGCCACAUGGAGGCUGGGGUGAGGAAGGAGACAGAGAGGGCACUUGAGCUGGCUGCCCCGGGGCCACACGCCUUCCUGCUGCUGGUUCCUGUCGGCCAGUUCACUGAGGUGGAGCGCAGAGUGCCCGCUGAGCUGGAGGAGGUGUUUGGGGAGGGGGUGUUGAAACACACCCUGGUGCUGUUCACCUGUGGAGACUACCUGAUGGGCCGGGGGGCGGGACAGUACCUGGAGGGAGAGGACCCUGGGCUCAGGGAGGUGAUUGACAGGUGUGGGGGCCAAUACCACGUCAUCAACAACCGCCGACCGCAGGACAGGGAGCAGGUCAGGGAGCUGCUGGAGAAGGUGGACAACAUGGUACAAAAGAACAGAGGAUACUACAUACGACAAAACACCCUGCAGAGAGAGAUGGAAGAACAAGCGAGGGAGAGAGAGAGGGAACUGAAGGAGAAGGUGGAAGAACAAGCGAGGGAGAGAGAGAGGGAACUGAAGGCGAAGGUGGAAGAACAAGCGAGGGAGAGAGAGAGGGAACUGAAGGAGAAGGUGGAAGAACAAGCGAGGGAGAGAGAGAGGGAACUGAAGGCGAAGGUGGAAGAACAAGCGAGGGAGAGAGAGAGAGAACUGAAGGAGAAGGUGGAAGAACAAGCGAGGGAGAGAGAGAGAGAACUGAAGGCGAAGGUGGAAGAACAAGCGAGGGAGAGAGAGAGAGAACUGAAGGAGAAGGUGGAAGAACAAGCGAGGGAGAGAGAGAGGGAACUGAAGAGGUACAAGGUGAAAGAGGAGAAAGAGACUGUGCUGGAAUCUAGACACGUCACAAACACAGAGACACGCAGAUAUUGUGGAAGCCAGAAAAGAGAGGUUAUACCUAACUCUUCUAUAGAGAGGAGAAGAGAAGUAGAGAGGGAAGAGAUCAAGAGAGGGGAAGAGAGUGAGGAGAUGGAAAACUGGAAGGAAGAGAUGGAGAAGAUAAAGAAAGAGAGGGAUGAGAUAAUGAAGAGCAGGAAAGAGAAGGAAGAGAUGGAGAGAAAAAUAGAGGAAGAGUGGGAGAAGAGAAGAAAAGAUGGGAUGGAGAAGAGAAGGGAGAGAGAGAGGAAACUGAAGGAGAAGGUGGAAGAACAAGUGAGGGGGAGGGAGAGGGAACUGAAGGAGAAGGUGGAAGAACAAGCGAGGGGGAGAGAGAGGGAACUGAAGGAGAAGGUGGAAGAACAAGCGAGGGAGAGAGAGAGGGAACUGAAGGAGAAGGUGGAAGAACAAGCGAGGGGGAGAGAGAGGGAACUGAAGGAGAAGGUGGAAGAACAAGCGAGGGGGAGAGAGAGGGAACUGAAGGAGAAGGUGGAAGAACAAGCGAGGGAGAGAGAGAGGGAACUGAAGGAGAAGGUGGAAGAACAAGCGAGGGAGAGAGAGAGGGAACUGGAAUCUAGACACGUCACAAACACAGAGACACGCAGAUAUUGGGGAAACAGGAAAAGAGAGGUUACGCCUAGCUCUGCUAAAGAGAGGAGAAGAGAGGAAGAGAGGGAAGAGAUCAAGAGGAGAAGGGAAGAGAUGGAGAGGAAAAGAGAAGAAGAGAUUGAGAGGAGAAGAAGGGAAGAGGGGGAAGAUAUGGAAGAGAAAGUGACUGUGAAACCCUUGGUUAACUGUCUUCAUUCAACACCAACACCACAGCAGCAGCCAACAGAGCCCCAGAAUGGUGGUCCAGCACUGUUCACGAGGAUCCCUAGUUUCCAUCUGACUGAAGAUGGCGCUAUACUGUCACAGCUGUCCGAACUCGAAGCAAAACCAGCCCAGAAAGUUGUUAAUACCUUCUGCCACAGAAUCAACAGCAUUGGAGAGAAGACAACCUCCUACUCUUUACCCUCCUCCUCCUACACCUCCUCCUCCUCCUCCUCCCAGUCAGAGUUGCGUGUGGUUCUGCUGGGUAGGUCAGGGUCGGGGAAAAGUGCAGCAGGUAAUAUCAUACUGGGCCGGGAGGAGUUUGUGUCUCGACCAGACAUGACCACAGCCGUCACUCAGGACUGUCAGAAGAGCAGGGCCCUCGUCGCCGGGAGACGGGUGGCAGUGGUGGACACUCCAGACUGGUUCCGCUCCGAGCACCCUCCAGACGUGGUCCGUUCCCAGCUGUCGUCCUGUGUGGCCCUCUCGGCCCCUGGCCCCCACGCCUUCAUCCUCUGUGUCCCUGUGGACCAACCAGCCCAGGCAGAGCUACAGGCUCUAGGGGCCCUGGAGAAAGUCUUUGGUCCCGGGGCGGUCCGGACCCACACCCUGGUCCUCUUCACUCACUCCGAUCGGCUGAAGGAGAGUGGGAAAGUGGGAGUGGAAGGAGUGGAGAAGUAUAUUUCGAGCCAGAGGAGAGAUUUGUUGGAGUUGGUUAAACGAUGUGGGGAUCGGUAUCAUGUGAUGGAGAGAGGGAGCGGAGGAGAAGAGGAGAGGAAGAGGAGUGUGGGGGAGUUAUUGGAGAAGGUGGAGCAGAUGGUGAGAGAGGGAGGAGGAGAGUGUUUCUCCUGUCCUCUCUUCCAGGAGGUGGAGGAUAGGGUGAGACAGAGACAGAAGGAGAUAGUGAGGGAGAGGAGAGGAAGAGAAGGGGAGGUGAAGAGACAAGCACUUCAUUCCUACUCCAUGCAGCCCUUGAGAGAGACAGAGGAAGAGGUGGAUGAGGAGGAGAUAGAGAGAACGAGAGAGGAGGCGGAGAAAAGUGUGAGCGCCAUGGAAUUGGAAAAUCUUCCCUCUCUCUCGUCCUCCUCUGCAUGGUCUUCGUCGCUCCUUCGCUCGGUGUGGGAGAAGGUGGGGGCGGGAGCGAGUCAGGUCCCCAAGCUGACGGCUGGAGGUGCACUGCUGGGUGGGGUGGUGGGCGUGUUCUUAGGAGGGCCCAUAGGGGGAGCUAUAGGGGCCACUGCUGGAUCUGUGGUCACUGAGGUGGGGAGAAGGAGGUUUAGCAAGACAAAGAACUCAGCAGAAGAGACAGACGCCACAGGGAGAAUCGAGGGAGAAAUCUUGGACAAAGUGUUGAAAACCGAGUGAGAGAGUCAGAUCCACACAAGUCGAUAUGGAUGUACAGUACAGCAUUUUAUGAGAGAUUAUUUGCUAGGUUUCUACCUAUGAUAUAUAUCCACAGGUGAUUGCGACUGUGCAGACGUUGUAUAUAUCUGUGAUUAUAAACUGGGUGGUUCGAGCCCUGAAUGCUGAUUGGCUAACAGCCGUGGUAUAUCACACCAUAUACCAUGGGUAUGACAAACAUUUAUUUUUACUGCUCUAAUGACGUUGGUAACCAGUUUAUAAUAGCAAUAAGGCACCUCAGGGUUUGUGGUAUAUGGCCAAUAUACCACGGCUAUAUACCACGUUCCGUCGUGCCUAAGAACAGCCCUUAGCCGUGGUAUAUUUGCCAUAUACCACACCUCCUCGGGCUUUAUUGCUUAAACAUAAUGUUGGUAACAUUGUAUAUUGUAUAUCUGUGAACAUAAUGUUGGUAACAUUGUAUAUCUGUGAACAUAAUGCUGGUAACAUUGUAUAUCUGUGAACAUAAUGUUGGUAACAUUGUAUAUCUGUGAACAUAAUGUUGGUAACAUUGAACAACAUAUACUGAUGUGUAAGUUGUUUUGCAGCAAAUAUCGGUUCUCAUUGACUACUUUAAUGUUUUGUUGUAUUUCUUUUCCAGCGGUUACAAUUAUGACUUGUUAAAUAACUCACAUGUGCUACGUCAUUAUUAUACAAAUUACAUUCAACAUGGUUUCUUUAAAUGUAAAACUACUAUUGUGCAUAUAGUUAAUGCUUUUAUUAAUGCUAAUAAAACACAUUGCAUGAUAAUAUCA